CGCCAAUCUUUGUCUCAAAGAGUUGUGAUGAGAAGAGGAAAGUCAGGGCAAUCUACCGGCUUGUCAGUGUUCGUUACUACUGGAUCCGUGUGAUCCAUGGGUGUGAGUGCGUGUUCAAAGUCAAAGCUUCCGAGCGAUUUCUCCCGUGGUGUUGGUUGUUGGCAUCAUUAAGCAUUGUGAUUUGGCCAUAUCUUCAUUAAGGAGAAGUAAGCGACUGUGGUUCGCAAAAUCUGUUGUGCCCCAUAGCUUUGGGGGACUAAAGUGUGUCGAGCAGAGAAACUUCUCGUUGUGUUUGUCACAUGGUGUCCUGAGAUUGCACUUUCUGGGAUAGAGGGAUUCCUUCUUUUCCUCGCCCUGAAUCGCGAUUACUGACUCCCCGGGUUGCUGGUGAUGGGAAAUUCGGUCGGGUUUCCCCAAUUUUUGAGUUGAGAAGUCUUGACUUUGACUGGCGGGAUAAUCCGUGGAAGGAAGGGCGGAAUGAAAGGAUGGCGAAUGACAAAACAAUGGUGCGACCCUCAACAGUCAUUGUGAGCGAGUGUCUUGAAUGCCAUUGAAGGAGAAAUCUAUGAGAAGUAAGGAUCAAGAUUCUCUAGAUCUUAAUCACAUGGAAAAGGAUUAGCCCUGAGAAAAAUGUUGACGUGCAAGGAAGAGCCAUUGAUUUGGUCCACGGUGACUUCCAAUGGUGGGAGUAAAUCCAAAUCGAGCAUACUAAAUCACAAGAAGUCAUCGACUUUGGCGGGCUGGAGUAAUCUCCCAGGGAAAUCUCUUCUCAUUGACCAAUUAGCCAGGCUCAAAUCCAAGAACGGGGACAACAAAGUCACUCACCAUGCGUCCAGUGGGAAUCUGGACGACUCCACGGUGCAAUCCAAGAGGCCUAGUCAUGAGUGGCUCAACAUUGAGAAAUCGGUGAGGUUCCAAUUACCCGAGAAGACUUCCUCCUCAUGUUCGAUCCAUUCCAAGACCGCCACUCUGCCCCCGCUACAUCGGGGAUACGAUGUAGAGUCCAUGUACCCGCCCAUUUUUUUCGUCCCAGCCUCUAUUGAAUCGGACCCGCGGUUCCAUCAUUCACCCAAUGCAAGCAUCAUAGUCAAAUCGCCUAUGAGCUCCUUGGGGAAGAGCCACUCGGCUUAUGGUCCCUCUUCAUUGGUGCCGCAACCGUUUUCAUCUUUGGACACGUCAAAGAAGUCCCUGCCAUCGUUUCAUACCGAUCCACUUUCCCUGCACCACCAUCAUGGCCAAACGUCAUCUAAAGUGCAUUUCAAGAAGGCCGAUCCCACCCCAGACACUCACACGAGUAAGGCCUACAAAAGCUUGAACUUCUUCAGUUGGCGCAAGCCCAGUUCCAAAACAGGCGGGGUGAAGAAGGCCAAGUCCAUUUCAGUUCUCACCGAGGUCGUCACUGACGACCCUUCAAUCCUCCUACCAGACCCCACCUCAGUCAGGUCCAAAUCAGUGGAUAAAUCUCCUAAUAAGCUGCCUCGAGUUCAAAGGAGCACUUCCAAAGAAAAGAGUCAGCAGCAGCUGAAGGUCAAACCGGUCACGAAACAAGUGAGUGAUAAAGCCACAUCAAAGACCGUGGAAAAGCCGGCCAUAUCCUCGAAAACGACUGGGAGUGUCACGUCAAAGCAAUCCAGCCUCAAGUCCAUUGUCAAGGCCACCAAAAUAGCAGUGACAGAAAUCCACAGCAAGCACAGUGAUGCCAAAAAUAAGUCCACGGAGAGUGUCCCAAAAGAUGAGAAAGAUCCGGAAUCCGCCUCGACUACGACGGUGGCUAGUGCAAGUGGAGGCGAAUCAGAUCCUGGAUAUGAGAGUGACCCGGCAAAUAAAUUACUGGACGAUCUGGCCUCGGCAUCCGUCGAGAUUCCAGAUGAGGCAGUGUUCCUUCCAUUUCCCAUCACGGUCAACUUUGUCGAUUCCUUGUCUGAUUCCUCCUUGUUGGAACAACAAAGUGUGAGUGCUUCCCAGACCCUCCGCGCGGCUCUGUGCAAAGUGGAGGCCAAUCAUCCCGGAUUUGCCUACGACCUGGUCCUCGGACUCGUCCGAAAGGGCGAUGUCUCUGUGAACAUGAACGAGAGUCUCCUCCGACUUCAAGGAACCAUUUCCGAGCAAGAGAACGGAGAAUACCGUUCCAGUCGCACGGAGGAACCGUUCCAGGAGUUGAACAAGAAAUCGGCGGCUCUCAAGAAGAUCCUGUCCAGGAUCCCGGAUGAGAUCACCGACAGGAAAACGUUCCUCGAGACAAUCAAGGAAAUUGCCAGUGCGAUCAAGAAGCUCUUGGAUGCGGUGAACGAAGUGUCCGCCUACAUUCCUGGAUCCCAAGGCAAACACGCAUUGGAACAACGCAAGCGGGAGUUCGUCAAAUACUCGAAGAGGUUUUCAAACACCCUCAAAGAGUUCUUCAAGGAGGGACAGCCAAAUUCCGUUUUUGCGUCAGCCACGUAUUUGAUCUACCAAACCAACCAAUUGAUGAUCACCGUAAAGGAUAAAUGUGAAUGAAUGAACGUACCACUAAAAGGACAACAACAGCUACGAAAAAAAUCAGGAUCACCAUUCCAUUCCAUUCCAAAGUCGCGGACUAACCUUGUUUUCCCAGAUUAUUAAUCCAAGUAUUUUAUCACUAGAACCCAUGUUCUAAAGAAACGUCUAACAAUAAAAAAAAACACUUUCCACAA